CGUCGCUCGACUGCAAAGACAGUGACACGAUAAAUCUUGCACGAAAUUUUGCCCGCGAUAAUUCCCGCAGAUCAUUCCACCCCUCACGCACACAAUCACCUCCAUGUGAACGUCGUAAAUCUCGUGCGGUGGAAAAAAAAAUAACAGUCAGUCUGUACAAGAUGGCCGCCCGGUUGACAUCGGCCUUCUACCACUUCACCCUUAUUUUGCAUCUGUUUUUGCUGAUUAAUUACAAUUAUGGGGAACGAAUUGGUGAUAAAGCUGGCACUCUUCAUAUGUACGAGGAUAAAGGGAAUGAGCGGGGGAGGAGGAGUUUUGUUGUCGAUAGGAGUGAGUUUGAUGAUUAUGUUGGGGAAACGUCAUUCGUGCGAAAUCGAAGGGAUACGGCCAAAAACUCGACCAGUGGAAUACCCUAUGUCAAUCCGAACAUCACAACAAAGGUGAAUGUCUUGAACGACUCUCAUCAGCAGCUGAUGGUCCACUGGGUAGGCGAGAAAUCCGACGUGAUAAUCUGCCUAGCCAGGGACAGCUCAUCAACAGCACGAUCCCCAACUAAUAAAGCAGCUGGUCCAUCCAAUCCAAGUGCUGUUUACAUCAGCUACAACUACGGUGAUUCGUUCGAGAAUAAAACCGAAUUCUUCAAGAUUGAGGCUGAACAUGCUGGCGAGGGAUCUGGUGCGUCGUACGCCACACUUGAUAAAUUCUACAACCAUCCGAAAUUCAAUCAAUACUGCAUCUUCGCGGACUCCACGAACAAAGUAAUCUUCGUAACCGCCGACAACGGCAAGAACAUAACCCGCGUAAACCUCCCAUUCCACCCAAGCGAGAUAUCCUUCUACGACAAAGACCCCUCAAUCGUCCUAGCGCUCGACAAAAUCGACCCCGAGCGCCAUCUCUGGAUGACCCGCGACAUGGGCAAAAACUGGUUCAUAAUUCACGAGUACGUAAAGGCCUUCUUCUGGUCCUCCCUGCGUCCCGACAGUGUUCUGAUAGAGCGCGCCGAGCCCUUCGGCAAAAACACAGUCGUCGACGUGAACCUAUCCUCCUCAACGCAGGGUCAACGCGACUCAAAGUUCAUAAUCGAAAACGUUCUGGACUUUGAGAUAAGGGGCGAUUACAUGUUUGCGACAAAAUCCGCAGUCCACCAGAGCGGUAACAAAACCUCGGAAGACCUAGAGUUCUUCGUUUCGUACAAGGGCGACCCCUUCAUCGCGGCUAAAUUCAAUACCGAGUUAGACCGACGAGACUACCACAUAGCGGACGUCUCCAAUAACCGCGUAUUCGUCGCCGUCUCGCACUCGUCAACUCAAUCCAAUCUUUACGUGUCGGAGGGCGUGGGUAAGUCGAUGUCGACAUUCUACCUCUCCCUCGAGGGAGUCCUCGCUUUCUUUCCGAACACAACCUGGCAGUCAACCUGGUUGAACGAUGUGGCGGACGAAGCCUUCACAGACUUGUACAAGGUUGAAGGUUUGAAAGGUAUCUACAUAGCGUCUCAAGUAAAAGAAACUCCGAAGAGUGCGAUUGGCCCCGAAUACCUAGUCUCUUUGAUAACAUUCGAUCACGGCGCGACCUGGAACAAGAUCAAACCCCCAACAGUCAGUCACGAGGGCUUCUACAUCCACUGCCCCAACAACUGCUCCCUCCACCUCAGCCAGAGGUUCAGCCAACUGUACCCGGUCACCAGAUCGGCCUCGAUAAUGAGCUCGAAAUCGGCGCCGGGUAUCAUAAUGGCGACUGGGGUAAUGGGGAAUUCCCUCAAGGGUCACCCAGCCCUCUAUGUCUCUCGCGAUGCUGGCCUCAGCUGGAAGCAAGUCCUCAAGGACUACUACUUCUUCAACAUGGGAGAUCACGGUGGUGUUCUUGUUGCUGUCAAGUACUUCAAGUCUAGAGGGGAAACCCGUGACAUUCUGUACUCCACAGACGAGGGCCGAACCUGGCAGACCUACAAGUUCAACCAGGAUAUGCUGAGGGUCUACGGUCUGAUGACUGAGCCCGGGGAGAACACAACGGUCUUCACGAUGUUCGGUUCCACCCCAGGACAGCACAAGUGGCUCAUCAUAAAGGUCGAUCUGAGUAAGGUUUUCGAUCGAAAGUGCACGAAGGAUGACUUCAAGAUGUGGACGCCUAGCAGCUCAGACCAGCCCGGGAUGUCCUGCAUCCUAGGGAAGAAGGAGACCUUCGCCAGACGAGCGCUGACAGCCAACUGCUACACCGGAGUUGACUACGACCGACCUAUUCAGGUCCAAGUCUGCCCGUGCGACUCUAUAGACUACACAUGUGCUUUCGGAUUCGUUAGAACGGGGAAUCCCCUUCAAUGUGUUCGGGAUCCAUUGAAAAAGUGGUACGAUCCGUACGCAAUUCCCAUCACGUGUGAGCCAGGAAAGUUUUACAAUAGAACCAAGGGAUACAAGAAGAUCAGCGAUGACGAGUGUGUAGGGGGAAACGCCAGGAAGUACGAGCCGGACGAGAUUCCUUGUCCGAUCGACGAAGUUUCGGAGUUUCUGCUGGUGGCCCAGCGCGAGACCAUCGCGAGAAUUGACUUGAGGACGGAGAAACGAGAGAUCCUUCCUGUUCACGAUCUGAAGAAUGUGAUUGCUAUAGAAUUCGACAUGAAGAACAACUGCCUCUACUGGGCGGACAUCGUCAACGACACGAUAGGGCGUCAGUGUUUCAAGGAUGGUAAGAGCUACCCGGAGAUUCUAGUCGAGACAGACCUGAGCUCCAUCGAGGGAAUGGCUUACGACUGGGUGUCCAAGGUCUUGUACUUCGUCGACGGCGUCAAGAUGAGAAUUCAGAUUAUCAGAACGGACUUGCGGACAGCGGGGAGGAUGCGACGGACGAUUCUGGGGCCGAACAAUCUGCAGAAGCCGAGGGGCAUCGCUGUUCAUCCGAUGAUGGGGUACAUGUUCUGGACGGAUUGGACGCCGGGCAAUGCUUCGGUGUCGCGGGCCAACUUGGACGGGAGUAAUGUCAAGAGGCUGUUUACGAAGCCAACGGUCGAGUGGCCGAAUGGCAUCACCAUCGAUCACAUUGCGGAGAGGAUCUACUGGGUUGACGCCAGGGAGGAUUACAUCGCUUCCUCGGAUUACGAUGGCAAGCGCUUCAAGAAAAUCGUCACCGACGACGACAAGGUGUCUCAUCCCUUCGCUGUUGCUGUGUUCAAGGACACGAUGUACUGGGACGACUGGAAGCAGUCGAUGAUAUUCAUGGCUGACAAGGAACACGGAUUGGGGAUAAGCUCGAAGUUGGGAACGCUGACGGGGCUGAUGGAUCUGAAGGUGUUUGCUCACAGUGUUCAGAGUGGAACCAACAAGUGCGAGAACAGCACGUGCUCUCACAUUUGUCUAGGAGCGCCAAAUGACAAUUUCGUGUGCCUGUGUCCUGAUGGAAUGGAGAUGGUGGGCGGAAAGUGCAUGUGUCCUGGUGGCAUCGCUCCUUACGACAACUCCACGUGUCCCAAGGUGGCUAGCACCUGCGCGGCGAAUCAGUUCGCUUGCAGCAAUGGGGUCUGCAUUCCGGAGUCCUGGAAGUGCGACGAUGAUAACGACUGUGGGGAUAACUCGGAUGAGGAGUCUUGCAACAAGAGAACUUGCGAGCCCAACAAAUUUGAAUGCGACGAUGGCAAGUGCAUCUCGAACUACUGGGUCUGCGAUCUGGAUAGGGACUGCAAGGAUGGGAAGGAUGAGAUGAACUGCACUUACGCCGAGUGCACGAAUUCACAGUUCACUUGUGAUAAUGGAAAGUGUAUUGCUUCCAGAUGGCGUUGCGAUGGUGAGAACGACUGCAAAGACAAUUCCGAUGAGCAGAAUUGCACCACCUCCGUUCCCUCGAGCACCUGCAAGUCCGACGAGAUAGCCUGCGCUUCGUCCAACAACUCCUGCAUAUCCCGUGCUUGGCGGUGUGACGGUGAAAAAGACUGCGCUGACGGCUCAGACGAGAAGGACUGCGCUGGAAAGGAGUGCGAGGAUUUUCAAUUCACCUGCGACUACAGCCCAGACUCCCACCUGUGCAUCUACAGUUCGUGGGUGUGCGAUGGUGAGAAGGACUGCGCCGACGGCAGCGACGAGCUCAACUGCACAGUCCCAGUGAUUCCACCACCGGAUCCCACAGAUCUCUGUCACGAGUGGAUGUACAUGUGCAAUAACAAGAAGUGUGUACCUUACUGGUGGAAAUGCGACGGUGUCAAUGACUGCGGUGAUCAGUCGGAUGAAUUUGGCUGUGGCCACACGGACUUCCCUGAGUGGCCCAUAACCACCGAGGCCCCCAAGCUCCCCACACUCUGCAGGGAGCACCAGUUCCAGUGCUACGAUAAGAAGUGCGUGGAUGACUCGUGGGUUUGCGAUGGCACUCCUGAUUGUAAAUUCGGGGAGGAUGAACUGCACUGCCAAGGGACACACGUGGGAUGCCAGAGGGAUCAGUUCAUGUGCAGGAUGGAUGGCUCUUGCAUACCACUUGCCAAUAUAUGCAAUGGGGUCGAGGAUUGUCCGGAUCAAUCGGAUGAAUUAGGUUGUAACGAAAGUCAACACCCCAGUCCCGCUGCCACUCCCUCCUGUCACGCUGGCUUCUUCCCCUGCGACGAGACAAGAUGCCUGCCCUCAUCGUCCUACUGCAACGGCAAACAGGACUGCUUCGACGGUUUCGACGAGACCAACUGCGAGAAGAACAACACUCGCGUCUACCAGGUAAUGACACUGGGUGUCGACGAGCCAGCCACCAAUUCCACAAGCCUCCUCCUCUUCUGGUUGAUGCCCAUACCCAUAAACAUCACAUUCGAGUUCCUCCCCUCGAUCUCCAAGGCAGAGCCUGGCGCCAAAUGGAAAAAUGCCACCAACUGGAUCCUGGAAACUGAUUACAGAUUCAAUGAUCUCGAGCCUUACACCCCCUACAAUCUCACAGUUUACGUGAGACUGAAGGGUCAGUCCACAGUGUUUCCCACAUUCAAGUACUGGGUGGUGAAAACAGCGGAGGGCACUCCCUCGGAGCCCUGGAAUGUCACAGCAGUUCAGAGGAAUGGAACGAGAGUUGAGGUCUCAUGGAAGCCGCCUCUCCAUCCAAACGGUCCUAUCACCAGUUAUGAGGUGCACGUGUCACCCCCAGGUCUCCAUUUCUCCGUCCAAAAAUCCACAUCUCACGUCAUCGAUAUACCAUUUACAGCUGGUGAAACUUACUCCUUCUGGGUGGUGGCGAAAAAUCGUGAUCACGACUCCAACUCGUCGACUGUUUUCAAGCUGACAUUCGAUGGCUCAGCGAAUAUAGACGACAUCAGGGGUCUCAGGAUCAUCGAGACAACCAAUAAUUCAGCUCACCUCGCCUGGGACAAACUCACUGGUGUCGAUGGCUACCACGUCACCCCUCGCGCCCCUCUGCCAUACCCAAUGCUGAAGACAUUUUCAACUCUCAAUAAUGACUUUGUGGUGCCAAAUUUGGCGCCUGGGGUGCAGUACAUAUUCGAGGUGAAUGCCAUGAAGAAGACGUAUAUUGGGAAAAUUGUGCAGAUCAGUGGAACGACGAAGGGGACACCUCUGCCGACGCUCACUGAGUUUGUGACGGUACCCAAGAAGUCGGAUGGUACCACUGCCAAGAUCAGCUGGGAUCCUCCCAAGACUGGGAGAAAGGUCAAGUGGCAGUAUGCUGUGCAUUAUGCCCUGAAUAUGCAGGAUUUGUUCAAGGAGCCGAAACUCGUGACGAGCAAUCUUACGACUUCGAUCAAGGAUCUCGAGGCCUGUGAGUCGUACGUCUUUGCAGUGGGGUUGUACGGCCCCUACGGUGCUGGGCCACUGUCUCCACCGAUGAAUGUUCCCACUUACUACAAUGCUAAGGCACCUCCAAAGAACCUUCGUGUGACAGCCUCCAGCAAACCAGACACGAUUAUCGUCUCGUGGAGCGCCAGCUGUUCAAUGCUCGAUGAGCCAGUCAACUACACAAUUACUGUCAGUGAUCUAAUGAUGAAUAAGACAACAGUGGUGACACUUCCAGCCACCAAUGAGACUGUUAUCAAGCACACUUUCAGGUCAAUCAAGCAUGGGGGAAUGUACAGAAUUAGUGUUGCCACUGAUGUCAAUGAUGCCAAGCCCAGUCAGCCUGUUGUCUACGUAGCUCCACCCAUUCCUUCGCCCCAUCAGCUCCACGUUAUGCCCGACGAUGGCAAGUACAUCGUCUACUGGCAGGAGAGGGAACUACCGGAGACACUGGAGAAUAACACUCAGUAUCAUUAUGAGGUACUUGUCAGCGAGGACUCGCGCACUGUCAAUGAGUCCGGUGCCAAAGUUUACAAGUGUAAGCAGCCACCGUUUAUCUACAAGGAUGCCAAGCCCAGUGUCAUUUAUUCGUUCGCUGUCAAGCUGGUCACUGACGAGGGCUACAGCAGCUUGCUGAGCGAAACGCAGAGCAUUAAAACUCCUUCUGUUGCAACAUGGCCAGUGACGAUAAACCCCUCGAACAUCCUCUCAAUCGCCAUCCCAGUCUGCCUGCUGAUAGUGGCUCUAGGUGCUGGUCUAGCGUAUUUCUUCGUGAGACACAGAAGACUGUCGAAUAGUUUCACACAAUUCGCCAACAGUCAUUACGACACGAGACGGGGUCAGGCUACUUUCCCGGGUACAACGGAUGCUCUCGAUGAAGAAGACAGUCCUGUGAUUCGAGGCUUCUCCGACGAUGAGCCACUGGUAAUAGCGUAAAGUCAUAUUGAAAAAUAAUAAAUGAAAAUUAAGAUAUUUCAAACGUAUGCAGUAAAAUUAAAUAAGCAUUAUUAUAACGAAAACGACACUACUACUACUGAUUUCUUUUUUGAAUCAUCGAUAGAAUUUUCGAAAGUGAUCGUUGAGGGGAGAAGGAACAAUUUAUUACGUAAUUAAUUAUCUUCGUUAAGAGGAAAAUUCAGUUUGGGGUGAUAAAAACGAAAUUGAAAAUCAUGUCUAGUUUAUUUCGUGAAUAUCUCGAGAACGAGUUGUCCUAGGCAGAAAAGUGUUAUGACCUUUUUUGUAGCUGUCAGAAAUUCCAACAAAAAAUUUCUUCUGACAUUUUCUCCUCAAGUCAAUAGUUGACGAGAUAAUCGAGGAAUAAGCGGAAUACUUUGGGGUUCCCCACUUUUAUCACUUUUGUACAGAAUCAAGGAAAUUCAUUUGUAUUAAAUUAAAGUAAUUCUCUUAUAUUUACGAUUCGUUUUCCGUCGAAGGGAGCGUCAAAGAGUCGCUGGUACCCUGUACAUAUUUCAAUCUCUUUAUUUCACGACGAGUAAUUUUUUUAAAUCAUUUUUCUUGUCAAAUAAUAAUUCUUGUUAAUUCUUGUUUCACUGAUGAAUAUUGUUACAUCGAAUUUCAUUUGAAUUGCGAUAAUUGUAUUCUCCGCUUCUGAUAAUUGUCAGUCCUAUAGAUUGUCACGAAUCAGCCAUAACGAAAUUUUUUGAUUGAAAAAAAUAUGAAAAUAGAGAAAUAGAAGAAUUGCCGUCCGGAUUUUCUUCCAUUUGAUUUUCUAUUUUUCCUCUGAUUGUGUCUAUUUUAUUUUUUAACUGGGUAACGACAAGGUGGGAGGUAGAUGGCAUUUAUUUAAGACUGGAAUUGUGCCACAGAAGCGAUUUGUCAUUGGGUGAAAAAAAUAAAAUUAUUAAUAUUUUAAUUUUUACACCGUAAUGACGUAAAUUCAUUUUAUGCUCAUAGUUGAAAUGAAAAAAGUUCUUCUCGUUUUAAGCACGUGUUUUAAUGCACUUUUGUAAUGAAUUUGAUGAUGAGAUGACGUGUCGAUGGAGAAUUUCAUUCGUUGAAUAUUUUGUAUGUGUUCCUGAGGAUUUAUUAUGCUGAUGAUGAGAAUUUUUAACCUGAAAAUAUGAAAUUUUGAAAUGGGAAAACAACUGAAAGUGAGGGGACAGUCGGAUUUGGGGCGGGAGAAGUCUUAUGUUCUUGCCAGUGCAAUAAUUCAUUGAUGAAAAUAGUUAUUCUGUGGUGAAGUGGAGAAAUCAAGUUUUUAUUUUUGUUCAUACUUCAAAUAUCUCGGAAACGAGGGGUUCUCGAGGGGAAUGUCAUCGGACCUUUUUUGCAGCUGAUGAAAUUUUCUGCGAAAAAUGUAUCUGGAUAUUUUCUCCAAGAAUCAGUAGUUAACGAGAUAAUUACACGAUUCAGAUUCCACUACUGAGCUAAUUUUCUAUUUUCACUGUUUUACCUCUGAUUUUUUUUUGUUGAUCAAUGAUUAAAUCCGACUGUCGAAAGUGUGAAUGAAUUAAUUUUAUUCCUAGAGUCAUCCGGUGAACCGUUUUUAACUGACUGACACGUAAUUUUCUUUCGCAAUUAGCGAUUAAGAAGACAUAAAGUUAAUUGAGGGAAAACGAAGAGGAGAGAAUACGAUUGUAGUCGUUACGUGUAAAUCUUUGAGGAGUAUAAUUAUAACAGUGAUAUAAUAUAUUGUGAGUGUAAAUAAAUGAAGUUGAGGAAAAACAGA